CACUGGCAGACCGCAAGCCAGUAACAUUAACAUCUGUUGUCUUAAUACUGUUCAGCGAUAUAUAAAUGCGACAUUAUCGAAAACCCUCGCAGCAUAGCAAUAAAAAUAGAUCAUGAAUAUCUUAGAUGAUUUUAUGAAAAAAGAAUGUGAAAGUGAAGUAUAGGUCCUCAGUAUGCGAAUACAAUGUGGGAAAAUAUUCGGGAAAAUUAGGUUUGAAUAUAUUGUAUCGGUCAGACAGAUGUCAACAAAGCCAAAGGUCGCGCAACAUUGAUCUUAAAACGGAGCGUUUGCAAGACCACAAUCGUCUGGCGUGCAUGCAACCUUGAUUAACGAGUAUUGACGCUGCAAUCUGAUUGGCCUAGACAGCCAUUUCAUCUUGUGACAGCCAAUCAGAGUGGAAAGAUUUAAUUGCGCCGUACGUACGAAUCUAAUGAGGAAAGCUCGCUCAUUAGCAUUUCUGGCUUGAUGGAAAUUGUACACAAAAAUUUCGUCGUAUGUCUAAAUACAGCAUUGUGAAACUACUUCAAGGGAGUUGACAUCGUGGCUAGUUUAAGCAAAAUGCCUUUCUACUUCGCUUUUCAAAACCGACGAAGAAAAGUGAAGAGGAAUUUGGUGUUAGGGAACAAGACGAAGAAAAAAUCUCGCAAAAGCGGCGGAUUUGACAAUUCACAGUGGUCAGGCAUCGGCGUUAAUGAGUUAGCAGCUUAUGAAAACUCGACGCUCAGCGUUGCUAGACGGCUUUCAUUAGAAAGUUCGGUACUGGAUGGAUCUCGAGGGAUUUCACCGCUAUCGCAGGAAUUAGAAACCGUUCCUGGAUCACCCACGUAUGAAUCUGGCCCUCCUAAACCACCAAGACUUAUGGAGAAGAAAUUAUUUACUUGUGAAAAUCCGGAGUGUAACCGUACUGAGGAGCUCUUGGGGAUGAUUGCUAUAAACUUUAAAGCCUGCCCAGCUUGUUUUACACAUUAUUGUUCCACAAAAUGCAGGGUGGCGCACUGGCCUCUUCAUAAAAUGGUCUGUCAUUAUGGUCGCAUGAAAAGUUACAUGAAGAUCAUAGGUGAACUUUGCAAGUCGUGUGAAGAUGUUCAGUCCCAGUUAUCAUCCUUGGCUACUGCUGGUUUUUACACAAAAGGACGAGGAUGUGUCAUGCUUGUUUUCGCGAGUGCAAACGACGCAAGGUUAUUUAUUGACGAAAAAAUAGGCCAAAAACCAACGUACUCAUCCCUGGAACAAAUCGAAACUCUGGGCGUACGCAGUGAGCAUCGGAAAAACUUAGUGCGUAUAAUUAAUCAUUACAAACCAGAUUGUGAGUUUGUUCUAAACGUCGCCAUUGUAGCUGAGCGUAACAUGCCUGCUUCGCCUGCUGUCCCCAGAAACAAGGAUCCCUCUCUGAUAGAACAGUUUGUCAUUCCUCUAAAUGGAAAGAAGGAAACUAGUUUAAGUAAAGCAUAUCGAAGAUUAACUCUCUAAUUUCAAGCCAAAUUUAUCUAGGUUUAUCUCACAGAUAACACAGUCCGGUGUGCUGGAACAAUUUUGAAAAAUGAUAUAUGUAAUUUCAAAGAACAUUUUUGAAACUGAUGAAACAUGCAACUUGGUAUAUUUAAGAUUGACUGCGUCAUAUAUACAUGUCAUAUACAUAUAGCAGACGUUGUAGAGAUGAAUAGCUCAUAUGCGCAUAAUUGAAACGUUUAAAAUCGUUCAAAGUUCUUAAAAAACAGAGGCGGAAUCCCAGGCAAAGCGAUUGGCAGUGCUUAAGCUUACCAUGCAUGCUGGCUAGGACACAUAGCAAAAUUUGAGCAGGAAACUAGGGAUAAUCUGUCAACGGCAAAUGUAUCAUCGCAGCCCUUCCAUGCACGAAGGCUUGAAAAUAAAUUAAUGUCUGAUCUUCCAUAAUCAAGAAUACCACAAGGCCAAGAUCGAGGCAAGGAUUUUAUCACGGUUUUAUGUUUCGACAGAAAUUCUACUGAAGUUUCAUUCAACAUUUCUUAAAAUAUGUACUGCAUUGACUACAACUGUAAAUUAGUAUUACUAUUAGGUUCUAUGGCUUAUACGGUUAGUUGGCUGUUGGCCUAUAUUUUCAUGAUAAAGAUGUAAAAAGGAAGGGUGCAUAUAGCAUAUGUAUAUAUCAAUACGUAACUACAAACUACAAAAUAACUACAUUACAGUAUGACUCAAUUGUCUCAAUAUGACAUGUAACAUAUUAUAUACUGUUGUUUGAUCUUGUAUUGCGGGUUUCUUGCAUAAAUCAAAUCUGCUUGAAAACGUUUUGUGGAGUUUGCGCGAGAAGAUUUUUGCAGAUGAAUUUUAAAAAUUGCUGGUUUUUUAUUUAGUUUCAUCCACUUUUGCCUUUUUUUAGUUGUCUUUGGGAAAGUUUGAUAAUACCCAGAUAUUGAGAAUGAAUGCAUGUCAUAUUGUAAAUAUGUGCAAAUAGUAAAAAACUCAGGAUUUCUUUCUCAAACUUCAACGACAGUCAAACUUCAACGUGGCAGAUGUCGGCAAUCGGACAAUCUGGCUAAAUAUAAACGAUUUAAUUUUUAAUUGGGUGCAAAAUUGAGAUUGCAUGAAAUUAAAAGUUAUAUUUAUAUUGGCGCGGCUCACACUUGUGCCAAAUUCGGAAGAAUUGUCUGAACAAAAACCAAUUU